AAAUAUAUUAGGAAACAAAAUGGAUCGUUUAUGGCUACUUGUGGAAUGGGUGGAUGGAAAUAAUGUAUUUCCGGAUUAUGGUGUGGUGAACGUAGAUCCUUCGAUAUAUAGCGAAUACGACUUGAGUCCGGGAAGGGUUAUACUAAUUCGCGUGAGACACGAAAGUACCGCCCGAACAGGAAAAAUAUUGAACAUCUCUGAAAGUAAACUUAAUAUUAAAGCCCAUAAGAGAUUAUUACAGAAACAAGAUAGUCAAGUGAAAAGUGUACUGUCAAUGUGCAUGCAAACGAUAAAAGGAAUUAAAUCUGAGUCUAUGUAUUUAAAUGGGAUGGAGAUGAAUUCAUCGCUCGGAUCCAUGGCUGGCGCGCCGCAGGUUGUCGCCAUUGAUAAUGAUUCGUCGAGUAGUGAUAGCGACAAUGAGCCUCAAAGAUGUAUUUAUUCAAAAAGACCACUCAUUUCACCAUCUAUUCACAAACUAAUCGAUUCAUCCACCACGAGUCGCCGCAGUUCAGUUGCUCACAGCAGUAACAGAUCGUUGCAUAGCAGCACACCGCUUCCAACACCCAAACCAAAAGUAAAAAGAGUCGACAGAGCAACGCAGACUGAAAACCGAGACGUAGGCUUAGACAAUUUAGAAAAUAAACUUAGGAAGCUGUAUAGUUUAUUCCUAUCUGUUAUAGCACGUCUCGAAAUUAGAAAGGCAGUUGACGCAGCAUUCCUCGAUCGAAGGAUAAUGAAGGAUUUAGAAAAACAUAUAUCAGAUCAAGCUAUUGCGAGAAACGUGAAUAGUAUGAGUCUCGAUGAAAUUCUUGACGAGUUGAAAACUGCAACGUGUGAGAGAGAGUUGUUAGCGCGCAGGUUGCAAGAUGAAUUGGAAGCACCGCCAGCUAAACGGAGUAUUUGCGAAGUGCAAACUGACACGAACCCUGCCGCCAGGCCUUUACAGCCGCGCACAUAUUCAGCACAAAAGACAACGGAUAUUGAGGCAAAAAAUUCAUCAAGCGACGAAAUGGUACCAAUAGGUAAUGGUUAUGCAAAAAUACCGGCUAGAUUUCUAAACGAAAUUGAUUGGAACUCAUACACUACGGCUACGAGGCAGUUACUCCAGGCUGUAUUUUCACGCAAGGUUUUAGCAACACAUUCGCUAACAGGCAAACAGUCACCAGCCUUUGCAGACAAACCAGCAAAAAAGCGCUUAGACUCCAGAUUAGUGGAUGACAUUGUUAAGACAGUAUCAUUACGGUGUGCUGUCCCCAAAAGGCUAGUAAGGAACAGUAUCACCGUGAAAUGUACAGACGAAUCCAAAUUGUACCGGAACCGACAACUCUACAGACAUUCGCUUCGUGAAAGCAGACAAAAUAAUGAAAAUAUCCCACCCGAGUCGGGGGUUUCAUCAGAUUAGUAAACAAUUAAGUUAUUAGGGAUUAAUUAUGAAACGCCAGGUUUACAAUUGUCCUUUGUAAUAGAUUAAAAUAUACCAUUUUGCUAUUAUAUAUCGACCAUGUCACAGUUGCAAUUUGGAAUCACGCCUUCAUUUAGCCUAUAACUAAUCAUUUUAAAUGGUUCAUACAUAUUUGCUAAAUUAUAGAUCUGUUUCAAUUGAAAAAUGAAAGCAACAGCGUUACAUGAUUAAGUUAUACCUAAAGGUAGGUAAGUGUAGAUCUGGUACGUUAAUGUUGUUAUAUAUAAUAGUGUAAAACAAUCUUUAUUAGUCAACAUAAUGCUACCUCGUUACCCCGAGAUAAUUGCGCCAUUUUUGUGUGUAAUAUAAUAUUAUAUUUCAAUUAUAAGAACUGUAAAGUUACAAAAUGUAAGUAAGUAAUAGGCGAGUUAUUGCGUCCAUCGGAUGAUAUAAGUAAAUAAAAGUAAUGAAGAACCUAGAUCUCUAACCUAUUUUAUACUUAAAAUGACCAUAGACUCAAUAAAAAGCAUUGUUAUUUACUCUUUCUUAUUAAACAACAAAUAAAUAACAAACAUUAAAAAUAGUUACAUUACAUACAUUGAAAUAGAAUGAAAUAUUACACAAAUGGAGUAAUUAACAAAUCAUCUUCAUUAUUUUAUUGACGUUUUUGUGUUAUAGCGCAGUUGGUAAAGUGAUACCUGCCUACUUUUUCCUAAAGUAAAUACUAAAAUAUUAAACCUACGGUAUUUUAUGGAAGACAUUUUACGAAAUGUGAUAACAUAAUUUAGAUCAAAAUAUUGGAUAAACUGGUAUUUUGUUGACGAGUACAAAUUGUUAAUCGUCCAAUAAUUAGUAUAUAGGAAUCCUACCUAUGCUUACCAUAUACCUACUAAUUCAAAGAAACUCUAAUUGAUCCAAAGAUACUAAUGUAUUAUUUAUAUUAUUGUGUUA